AUGGCGGCGAAUAAAAUUAAGCUCAACACCCUCAAGGACUGUCUUGAGUUCCUCUUCUGGUUGCAUAAUAAGAAGCAGAGUAGUAUAAAAACCAAAGUGGCCACUCAACUAUCUAAUCGUCUUAGUGGCAGAUAUCUUAAUCCUAAUCAACAACAAAUUCAGCAGGCACUCUCCGAAUUCCUUCGCAACGUGUCCAAAUUCCAUAAGAAUUUGUGCAAUAGACUAACGCAUGGCAGUUAUAAAGCAAAAAACGAACAACAAAUCAUCGACGCUCUUUUAGAAUGCAUUCCCAAGUUCUUAGCCGCAAUGUACUUUUUGAGGUAUCAUGUAGACAAGAAUUUCAAAGCGCUGGGUGGAGGGGAGUGGAAGGAUUAUAUGGUUGGAAGUACAAGUAGAUAUCUGGCCCGCAAUAUCGACAAGUACCUUAUAUCUCAAUCCGGCAGUGAGUACGGCGUAAUCCCCGGAGGAUUCAUUUACAACGAGUUGAAAGCAAGUUACCGGGGUGGUUAUCGCCCGGCUUCUCAAAUGGCCGGUUACCUUACAGCGAUUUGUGAAAAGCAUUCCAAUAAGCCAAAUAUACAAAAUUAUUUCCUCGACGUUUUCUCCACCUCAGUGCUCGGACAACAUGGCACAGAUCUUCCGAAUACAGCCAACGCCCUGGCGUUGGUGAGGACUUUUUGCGAGAUUGUGGUAAACAAGCAGUACAAUGAUAAGGGAGGAAAGUUAAUAUCAAAACUGAAUGAGGAUUUCAAAGACAAGCAAAAUCGCAUUUGUUGGACUAAUUUAAAAGCACAUUGCGCUGAGCUUCAAGAACAAUGUCGGAAGAUUUUCGCCGACCACCGUUUUUCAUUCACUGGCUUCGGUAGGAAGGUGGAAGACCUUAAGAAAGAAGAGUUCAGUAAAGAAACUGCAAAAUGGUUGAGAGAUAAUUUGGCGACAACUAUUUCAAAGAAAAUCUCUUCCCAUAUGGCUUUACAUUUUACAAAUAUAACUUCGGAGACAAGAAGACUCAGCAAAAAUGUUUUGCAAGAAAAUUGGGCUAAUGUAAUCGAGAAUCUUCGUCAAUCCAGUGAAGGAUUGGAGAAGCUUAAAACAAUUUUGGAUGGUCAGAAGUGCCCAGAAGAGGAUGACAAGAAAUCUGAGGGAGCACAGAACCAGGGGAAGAAAGCGGAGGGAACUCCCAACCAGGGCAAGAAGGCGGAUGGAACUCCAAAUCAGAAUAAUGGUCGAAGUGGAGAUACGUCUUCAGGUUCGGCAAGUGGAAAGUCUGUUGCUCCACCUCCGCCUUCCGGUGAUCAAGGAGGUCAAGGCCCGAAAGGGCCUACUGGUGAUCAAGGCAAGCAAGGGUCUACUGGUCCAGGGGGUCCGGUGUCUACUCAGCCUACAGGUUCACCAGUUAGAAAUGCUGUACAAGUUCAACAACCCCCGCCUCAACCCCCGCCAGGACCUCUCCCUCCAAGCUCUCCCCCCGGUACUGCUGCAGCCCCUGGCUCCGCUGGUAAUCCGGGGGCCAAGGGUCAGGGUUCAACGUCCGGUCAUCCUCCAGGUCAACUGUCUGUUACCUCGUCAGUCACCGUGCAUCCUCAACCUCCGGGUGUUUCAGGUAAAGACGCUGGGCCACCAGGCGGUGGGCAAGAUGGUAGUCAAGGCUCCGAUCACAGUUCAAGCAGCGGCCCUACUCCGUCGGCUGGCACGGCGCCUGGAGUAGGUGGGAGUGGAGAGGGUGGGUGUUCUAAUCCUAUAACUUUGGGUAGAGGAUUUGGUAAAAGUAAAUACUGUCCCCGAAAUGUUAUUGAAUGGAAAGCGUCCGCGAUUAACGAAUAUAUUAAAGAACAAGAGGACAAAGAUGAGCGUCUGCGGCAAAAGGCCUAUGAUGAUGCUCAGCGUCGUUGGCAAGAGUAUCAUCAAAACCUACAAUAUUUAAAUGGUUCCGCCCAAUCAGUUGUAGAAUCGCAAGUGGAUGACCCGCGUUGGUUGACAGAUGUAGAUUUCGCAGUUCAGAUGUCAGACGCACUGGAUGGUGUAGCGAUUCGUGAUGUGAGUCCACGUAAACAUGAACACGAGCGGAAUUUGGGACUGUCAAGGUACGAUCAAGAGAUCGAUCUCCAACAUCGUAGACAACAGCAGUGGGAAAGCUACUAUAAAGAUCAAAAUGACAAAAUUCGUCAAUCAGAGAAUCAGCAUCUACAGGAGGUGCAACAUAUCCGUGAUGCCAUAAAUCAUUUCAAAGAAGUGGAAUACCGUAAACAACGAGAGGCCGCCGAAGCCGUGACUGGCGUGCCACUUACGUUUAAGACCCCCACGAAUCUGCCGGAAUUGCCAACUCAUUCGAUGAAACCGACAUUUCCAAUGGCCACUGGAGCACUCAUCCGCAACUCCAACCUGAAGACUUCAGUGACUCCCACGGCUAUGUUCCUUCCUGUGCCACAACCAACCAUCGGUUUAAAAACCGAGAUCCCAGAAAGGCCUCCCCAAACUGAGAAGGAAGAAAUUGACCUCCAAAUCGACGUCCCCAAACGCAGACUGCCUGACAACAAUCUUGACUUUGAUUUGGACUUCGAUGAUGACACGACGUAUAUUAAAAAUGCGAUACCAAAUGACCCAAUCGUUCCAUCUACCACCGCUGCCGAUCUUAAUUUUGAGUUUGUAGAAUAUCGACCGCAUUUACCACCCACAGACUUCGACAGAAGUAAAAUCAAGCAACCAAAAGUAGAAAUGUGUAUGCCAGAUUGGUCUACUCAGACGCCAACGCAUGACCUUGCCGAUAUCCCCGAGACAGAGCUGUUCCCCUCCGAGGCGCCGCAUACAGUCAGGGAUAUGCUUAUUUGGCUGGCUGGGCUGCGAAAUGAAAAGCAUCAUGACACCCCGCAAAAGUGUAUUAAUAACGCUUUCAAGCGCGGCGAUGAUGACGCUUCAGAUCUCACACUCCCAGUCAACGAUUCUAGUAUCACCGCCGAUAAUCUCCUUCAGACCAUUAAGCUUGUCGCCGUGUUCGCAGCCUCAGUGCUCACCGCCGUUGCGCCUGAGUGGAGAAUGGCAGUGCCGUCUGCAACGUCGACGCGCAGUGAACCUGAUUGCUGCGCCCUCCUCUGCCAGCUGCGGGAUUAUGUGUACGCCUGCUACCACCAAUUGGCGUUUCUAAAGUCACAGUGUUCUCGGGAUAGCAAACAAGGUGGUUGGCAAGAUUGUGAUUAUGGCAGUGACAUCAAAAUGCCAUCUCCUCUCCAGGCCUUCCUGACUGACGCCCAUGACUCCAAGUUCGAGACUCAUCCCUUCGACCCGUGUGACAUCUGCCGCAAGAGCCUUGUAAACAUGGGAUUCAGGGAGGAGGAUCUGCAUAAAGAAAUAAGGGAUGGCAAACAUAUUUUUACCAUCAUCUCUCCCAACCUUGAAAAAGUCUGUAAAUCGCUGGGACAAUACAUUAUGGAUCUGGACAAGUGGAUCGUAAAAACUACGAAGGACGUUGAAGCCGCGCAGAAAUUAGUCCAGAACAUUUUGGAUGAGGUGAAUGAUAAUUCAGAAACUAAAAAUCUGGAGAAACUGAAAAAUGCGAUUAAAAUUGUUGAAGAGCAGUUGGAUGGCAGAGCUGCGGACUUGAGACAAUGGAAGCUGGCGGCAGACAAACUGCUCCAACAUACGAUUGAGAAGGGCAGUGAAGUACAUAAGAAUAUGGAUCCUACUCCAAAGGAUCCCCCUGAAGGGACGAAGAAAAUUGGCGAAGGAAUUAAGAAAAUUGAAGAUGCUAAGGAUGCAGUUGUGAAGGUGAAUGCCGGACUUAUUGACGUUAAAAGUAAUUUGCAGAAUUGGAACCUUGCGGCAAAAGGUGUGCUGGGCAAAGUGGUCAGUAAAGCUGGAGAGGUGCGUGAGAAGUUGGACCCUGCAGAAAGCGCAGAACCUAUAGGUAAAAAACUUAAGAGCAUUGAAGACGCUAAAGACAACAUUGUUAUUGCAAAUCAGACGCUCGGCACACAAGUUAAGGCUUUGUACAGUUGGAUCACCGGGGCGGAGAGAAUCCGUGCCGCGGCGGAGAAAAAGGCUACGGAAGCCUACAAGUUGAAGGUUAAUGAGACUCUGGAUCUGAAUGUUCAGAAGAUUGUGGCAGCUAAUAAGAAAAUUGCGAGCGUGCAUACUGAGCUGGGAAAGGUUCAUGGAAAUUUGGGAGCGUGGAAUCAGGAGGCCACGAAAGUGCUUGAAGGGGCGAUUGCACAGGCGACGGACGUUUAUAAUGAAUUGGAUAUGGAGACGAAUGGAAAGAGUCAGACGUUGAAGGGGAAAAUCGAAGGAAUUGAAACUAAUAAUAGGGAAAUUCAGACUGCGAAUAAUGAACUUGGCCAAGAUGUUAAGAGUCUGGAGCAGUGGAAGUCUGCCGCCCAGGGUGUUAUUACCAAGGCCGACGAGAAGUGUAAUAAAAUUUUGGAGAAAGUUAGUCAAAAGCAACCUGAAGGUAAGAUUUAUUUGCAAGCUGAAAUGUUACAGGAGAAGGGUAAAACACUUUUGGAUGCUGCGAAUAAGGCAAAGACAGAAGUUGGCGUGAAGGUUAAAGAAGCGUUGCAGGCUGUUGUGGCCAUGGACAAAGGUCUCAAGAUGGAUUUGAAGAAAGUUAAGACACAAAUUCAGAGUGGGAUUAAAGAGGUGAUUAAUAGUUCGGGGCUUAAUGAUUUGGGUGAGAAUGUGAAGAGUGAUUUGGGGACGUUGAGGAAGAAUAUUUUGGGACUUGAAACGCAAGUUAAUGAUAGUAAGGAUAACGGUACUGGGCUUGUUGGUAAGCAGUUAAAGGACCUUGAAGAUUCGAAAAACACGUUUAAUAAAAAUGGUGUUGAGCCCAUUAAAAAUGCAUCGGAUGGGCUUCAAGGAAAUUUUGAUACGCAUAUCCAAGAUCCGCUUAACGAGAAAGUCCAACAAGUUGGCACGGCGAUUGAGGCGCUUGGCGGAAAUUUCGAUGGGCUCAGCGGGGAAAAUGCAAAAAAGUUGGAAACGAUUUUCGAACAUAUUAGAGAUAAGGUUGAGAAGAUCAAUGGGAGUGAAGGCACCCCAAAAUCUGGCAAACCUUGGGAAAUAGAAGGUGCCACAGGUCUGACAGGGAUAGAGAAGGGAGUGGAGCAUUAUUUCACUUUUUUCCAGAGUACUUUCACCAAAGCAGUUGGCGGUUGGAUCGAUGAUAUUCUCGGUCACAACGGCCUGGUUAAAAGGCUGCUUGGGUGGGAGCGUAGGCUGGCGGAGGAGCUUAAGAAGGAGCUUAAUGACAGUGGUCUCGGAGGCUUUAUUAAGGAACCGCUUAAUUCCAAAAUUGAGAAAGCACAAGCAGUGAUCAAGAAUGUUAACGCCGCCGGCAUGAAAGAGAAAAUUGGAAAGGUCAAGCAGGCCUGCGAACUGUUUGCUCAGCAGCUUGAGGAGAAACUGGAGAAGGAACCGGAGCGUGAUGGUGUCCUUCACUUGGCAAAGAAGGCCAAGGAGGCGAUGGUGGAGGAAGGUAAGAAAUCAACCAGCACAAAAGGCAACUUACAAAGGGUCUUAGAAAAGUCAAACUGCGAAUGUAAUUGCGGAUAUAACUGCAAAAAAGGAAGUACAGAUAGGUGCCAAAAAUGCGAGCAACCAAAAUGCAACCUCACGCAGGCCAUCGCCACCACCGUUGUUGCUGUGUCUUCUGUGGCCCGGCAGGUGGGCAAGGAGGUUGAUUCAGUGCUACUCGGCAAUGGGACCGCAACGAUAAACAUCGCAGACCUGUUGGAUAAAGCCAAAAAAACAACUGAUGAUCUUCACGAACAGCUUACCCAGGCGACUAGCCAAUCCUCCGGCCCACCAGGCCGAAAUGAAAGCCCCGCCGGAGCCGUGGACGGUAAGUUGAAGGAGGUGAGGGAAUUCGUGACUGACAAAAAUCUUAAGGAGAAAUUUGAUCAAGUCAAACAAGAUCUUCAAAAUGCAGUUACUGAACUUCCCGGCGCCGUUCAAAAGUUUGACAGUGAAGCUCAGAAGCAGAUCAAGGCUGCGGCCAGGACGGCGAUUGACAGGGCGGCUAACGUGAUAAGCAAUGAAAGUGAUGGCAGCGUAAAGCUUGGAAAAGAUGGUGUCAUGCCAAAGUUUUACGAAACUAACGAGAAAAUCCAGAGUAGUCUCCAACCAUCCCUUCAAGCUCUGCUUGAGAAGCACAUUGGUGAGGAUGAUGGAACAGGGGGCGCAGUUGCUCAACCAGAUAAAGUCACCAUCAGUAAAGUAAAUUUUGGAAAUUACAAUGAUCACGUUGAUCAAGCUAAUCUUAUUUCUAAAAAGGGUAGACUAACUGGCGAGAAAGGCGCAAAUGAAGGCCAACUUCCACUGGCGAUAGGGAACAUCAAGACCAAGGGUCUGGCGGAUCUAUGCUCACUAGAUGUGUCAUGCAUCUUAAACACAAGACACUGA